AUGACUCUUCAAUAUGACCCCGAAUUUUGGGCCGUCUUGAAGCCACUCGUUCACACACUGUCCAAGCGAGAGCCUCUUUGCCUGGAUAAUAUCAAGGCUGGAAGGGAGGCACGAGAAGCUGGAAUGAGGGUACUCUUCGAAAGGUUAGAUACCUUUCCAGACGUGGAUCAAACGUCUUAUCAAGUUGAAACUCCUGAUGGUUACACUAUAUCCGUUCUAGCUCUAACGCCAAGCGUUGCUCGAGCCGAUCUAGGGCCAUGUCUACUUCACUUCCAUGGAGGAGGAAUGAUCCUAGGAUCAGCCGAGAUUCAAGCAAAACCACUGGCACAGUUGGUCAGCAUGACAUCAGUGCCUGUGUUCAGCGUUAACUACCGGCUGGCCCCGGAGUUCAAGGGUACCAUUCCCGUCCAGGACGGCUACGCAGCUCUCCUCUGGCUACAUAGUAAAGCAAAGCAAUUCAAUAUCAACCCGAGCAGAAUCGGUGUAUUUGGCGAGAGCGCAGGCGGUGGCAUCGCUGCUGGUGUCGCGCUUAUGGCUCGAGAUAAAAGAUUAAAUCCGGGUCUGGCGAAACAGAUCCUCGUCUAUCCAAUGAUCGAUGACCGCAACAUAGUUGCCAAGGAAGCGAUGGAACCUCUUGCAUUUUGGAAGACUACAGAUAACGCAACGGCUUGGAGUGCGCUUCUGGGUGACGAGGCCGGGAAACCCGAAGCUUGCAUCUCCUAUUAUUCAGCUCCUGCUCGGGCUCCAAGUCUAGCUGGUCUUCCACCUACAUACAUCGAUGUUGGAGGCCUUGAUAUCUUCCUGCAAGAGAAUAUCAAAUACGCUACAAAACUACUGGCCGAGAACAUCCCUACGGAGCUACAUGUGUAUCCAGGCUUACCUCAUGGCUUCGAGAUGAUCGCACCUAACAUCACCGCUGCAAAAAAGGCCAACGAAAAUCGCUAUAGAGCUAUACUGGGUAUAUGA